CGCGCCAGAACGAAGGCUAGCUCGGCGCCGGAAGUAACCGGCUGCGACGGGAAGCACGCUUUUCUCUGCGGGGAAAGUGAGUGGAUCUGGCGUGAGGGUUCACAUGGCGGCGGCGGCGCCGACCCUCCCGGUGCGCUUCAAAACCAACUAUGCUGUGUCCAGGAAAAUCGAGCCUUUCUAUAAUGGAGGGCGAGUUCAGAUAAGCCAAGAUGGGGAAUAUAUGUUUUGUUCUUGUGGGACCAAAGUUCAUGUACUAUGCAUAGCAACAGGAGCUCUUGUUCACAGUAUUGAACAGGAUGACCAAGAGGAUAUUACAGAUUUUGUUCUCAGCGACGAUGAUGCAAUCCUUGUGACAGCUAGCAAGGCACUGCUGCUGAAGCAGUGGGAGUGGCGAGAGAACACGUGCACCCGCACGUGGAAGGCGAUCCACGUGGCUCCCGUGGCCAGCAUGGCAUUCGACUCAACGUCCACUUUGUUAGUCACAGGUGGCUGUGAUAGCACCAUCAAAAUCUGGGAUGUUAUCAAACAGUACUGCACCCACAACCUGAAGGGCUCAUCAGGGGUUGUUCACCUUGUCAAGUUCCAUCCUGACAUCUCUCGGCUCCAAUUAUUCUCCUCCUCCAUGGACUACAAAAUCCGCAUUUGGGACUUGCAGACCAGCAAGUGUGUUGCCCUCCUUGAUAGCCACUACAGCGCAGUCACCUGCCUGGCUUUCUCUGCAGACAGAGAGACACUCAUCAGCUCCGGUCGUGAUAAAAUCUGUGCCGUGUGGGAUCUGAACACAAGAGCAGUCAAGAGGGUCAUCCCUGUCUAUGAGAGUGUCGAAUCUGUCGUCCUGCUGCCAGAAGGAGUAGAUUUCUCAUCCCUGGGGAUUAAGAAACCAGGCCUUCAUUUCCUCACCGCAGGCAGCAAAGGGAUCCUCCAGGUCUGGGAUGCAUCUGCAGCUGUUUGUAUGUACGGCCAGCCACUGCCCCGCCACCGAGCGGCUUCGGAGGAGGAGGCCGGCGAGCACAGUUUGGUGCACUGCGUGCUGGUGCCAGUGAGAGAAGAGGUCGUCACUGUCAGUGCGGAGCACAACAUUGUCGUCUAUGAUUUCCGCACACUUCAGCUCAGGAAGCAGUUUGCAGGUUACAACGAAGAAGUGUUGGACGUUAAAUUCCUGGGGCCGGGCGAUUCCCAUAUUGUCGUGGCCACCAACAGCCCCCAACUCAAAGUCUUUGAUUUGGCGACAUCUGACUGUCAGAUCUUGUACGGGCACACAGAUACCGUUCUUGCCCUGGAUGUCUUCAAGAAAGGGAAGUUGUUUGUCAGCUGUUCUAAGGACAAAAGCUUCCGACUUUGGCGGAUGAAAAAAACUGGACAGGUUGUCUGUGUAGCCCAAGGAUCAGGACACGCGAAUGGAGUGGGUGCGAUCGCUUGCUCCAGAAUGAAAGAGAGCUUUGUGGUCACGGCCAGCCAAGAUUGCACUAUCAAAGUGUGGAAUCUCCCAGAGUCCCUCUGUGCCAAGGCAAAAGCAGCUGGCCCCGAAAUCCUUCAUGCCCAGCUCACAGAGAAAGUGCAUGACAAGGAUGUUAAUAGUUUGGCCAUUUCCCCCAACGAUAAGCUGAUAGCCACAGGAUCCCAAGACAAGAUGGCCAAGCUGUGGGCCUCGCACAACUGCUCACUCAUGGGGGUCUUCUCUGGACACAAACGGGGGGUCUGGUGUGUGCAGUUCUCGCCUGUGGACCAGGUCUUGGCUACCUCAUCGGCAGAUGGCUCUGUGAAAAUCUGGGGACUUCAGGACUUCAGCUGUUUGAAGACUUUUGAAGGUCACGAUGCCUCCGUCCUCAAGAUCAUCUUUCUGAGCCGAGGAACACAGGUGCUGAGCAGCGGCUCUGAUGGCCUCCUGAAACUCUGGACAAUAAAAACAAACGAGUGCGUGAAGACCAUAGAUGGCCACGAGGACAAGGUCUGGGGGCUGCAUGCCAACAAGCUGGACGAUUUGGUGGUGACGGGAUCCAGUGAUUCUUGCAUUGUCCUGUGGAAGGAUGUCACAGAAAUUGAACUUGAAGAGGAGCAGGCAAAGGAGGAAGAGCUAAUCCUCAAAGACCAGGAGCUGUCGAAUUGGCUGCAUGAGAAACAGUACCUCAAAGCUCUGGGCUUGGCAAUCUCCUUGGACCGGCCGCACACCGUGCUGACGGUAGUGAAGGCUAUCCUCAAGGAGACUGGGGGAAAGGAGGAUUUGGAGAAUAACCUCCUGAAGCUGCGGAAGGACCAGAAAGAGUCUGUACUGAAAUAUGCCGUCAGCUGGAACACAAAUUCACGGAACUGCCACGAGGCUCAGACAGUCCUCCAAACCCUCCUCAAGCACGAAUCGCCAGAGUCUCUCUUGGAGUUUGAAGGGAUCAAAACAGCCGUAGAGUCUCUUCUGCCCUACACAGAGCGCCAUUUCCAGAGGCUGGGCCGCCUGUUGCAGGCCGCCACCUUCCUCGAUUUCAUGUGGCAGAACAUGCGGCUGGCCGAGACCUCCCAACAGGAUGAAGACAUGAGCACGUGACUGGGGUGAGGGUGGGGAGUCAUCGUUUACUCAGGCACCCCUCUGCUAGCUGCCCUGCAAGAUGUGCCUCUGGGUUGGUGUUCUUGCCUGUAGCAAGUUUCUAAAUGCUUCUUUUAUAAAUAAAUGUGUGUGUGUUUUAAAAUAA